AGGUCUAUAGAUAACUCCGUGUUUCUAUCACAUUUGCAGUCUGUUACCAUAUAAGACAGCGUAAUGACUCACCCUGCUUUCUGACCUACAAUGUGGGAAGGGAAGUCAUGAUUCAUGCAAGCUGCAGCUAAUGCAGGCCGGAGCCUAAAAUACUCUGGUAUGCAUUCUCACACACUCACAUGCACACCCACACACUCACAUAUGCACAGAUGUACUCAGCAACAGUUUGUGAGACAUGAGAAAGUUACCAGAGUGUGGAGAGUAACAGAAUGACUGGCCAAGUUGAGAAGGCUUUCUGAGGGCGUGAGCGGAAUGUCCGUGGAUGAGAAGCCUGAAGCCCCCAUGUACGUGUAUGAGUCGACGGUUCAUUGUACCAAUAUCCUCCUGUGCCUGAACGACCAGCGGAAGCAGGAUAUCCUGUGCGAUGUGACUGUCCUGGUGGAGGGCAAGGAGUUCCGUGGCCACAGGGCCGUGCUGGCCGCCUGCUCAGAGUACUUCUCGCAGGCUCUGGUUCGACAGGCCGAGAAUGGCUUGUUCCUCAGCCUACCUGGAGAGGUCACUGCCAGGGGAUUCGCCCCAUUGUUGCAGUUUGCCUACACUGCUAAGCUGUUACUCAGCAGAGACAACAUCCAGGAGGUCAUCCGCUGUGCCCAAUUCCUGCGCGUGCACAACCUGGAGGACUCGUGCUUUCGCUUCCUGGAGGCCCAGCUCCGCAGCGAGGAGGACGGCCUGCUGCUGUGCCGCAAGGUGGCGCCGGCCGAGGGGAACCACGAGCCUGAGGACGAGAGCAUGCAGUCUGAGACGACAACAAAGGUUGCCUCCCCCCGGGCCCGGCGGCGCGCUGAAUGCUUGGCCUCCUUGCGGCAAGCACCAGACGCGGACCCGCUAGCCAUGGCGGUGCCCAGCGACUUCGCAGACGGACGGCUGGACUUCGACAGGCACGGAGCAUCGGACCUCCCUCGCUGCCCCAAAUACAGGAAGUACCAGUGGGCCUGCAACAAGCACAAUAACGACACCUCCUCACACACCAGUACCUCAGGUUUUCCAAGCACAUUAUUAUUUAAGGAGACCAGCGGUGGCAUCAGCGACGGGGCGGUCCGGGACCAGAGUAGGCCGCCGGUGGCUCAAAUCAAAGUGGAGCCUCGGGCAGAGGAAGAGGCCAUCUCGCUGUGCUUGUCAGGGGACGAGCAGGAUGGCCAUGACAAGGACGACGUGACAGCCAUGGAAUUGGAUAGUGUCCCAGUGGUAUCCCCCUCUUCCGUCAAGAGGAGCAAGUCCCCCACCUGCAUCCGCGCCUUCUUCAAGAAAGGAACGGACCUGUCAGCUCUGCCCAACGUGUCACAACAGCUAUUCGCCAACAGACUCGCCAGCGUCUGCCCCGAAGACAAAGAAACCACUCAGGGAGAUUUCAGGCCUUUCACUGCAGUGGAGCUGGGCCUGUCUGUUACAUCUCCAAAGGUAGUGGACGGCUUCCCUCCGAUGCUGUCGUCGCUGAAGUCCGCCUCCUGCGACGGCGUUUGCAAACAGGAAGUGGAGCUGGACCGCCGCAGUGUCAUCUUUUCCUCCUCAGGGGCCUGCGACCGUCUGGGCACCCCGGCGCAUUCCUACCCCGGUGGGAACUCUUUGGAGAUGGAGCUCUCAGAGCACACGCCAAAGAGUCUGUGGGCUGGUGCCAGCCAGUCCCUCCCCACCUCACAGACCUACUCUCCCAGCAGCGCCCCCACCCUCGCUUCCACCACCACAGAGCCCCCGCCUCUCCUCUGCCACCCGCGGCCCAACACCAGCUGCCCAGUACCAAUCAAGGUGUGCACGCGCUCGCCGCCCUCCGAGACCCGCACGAGGACCUCCAGCUCCUGCUCCUCCUACUCCUACGCGGAGGACGGGAGCGGCGGCUCACCCUGCAGCCUGCCCCAGUUUGAGUUCUCCUCCUCGCCGUGCUCCAACGUAGCUCUCCGCCUCGCCACCGACCAGCAGGACCAGGGCGUGAUAGGGGGAGAUGCCCUCUUCAACCAGGUACGCCCCAAGAUCAAGUGCGAGCAGUCGUACGGCACCAACUCCAGCGACGAGUCGGGAUCAUUCUCCGAGGGUGACAGCGAGUCGUGCCGAGUCGAGCAGGGGCCAGAGGUAAAGCUUCCUUUCCCUGUCGAUCAGAUCACAAAUCUUCCGCGGAACGACUUCCAAAUGAUGGUCAAAAUGCACAAACUGACCUCAGAGCAGCUGGAGUUCAUCCAUGACGUCCGGCGGCGGAGUAAGAACCGCAUCGCGGCGCAGCGCUGUCGCAAGAGGAAGCUUGACUGUAUCAUGAACCUGGAGUGUGAGAUCAGAAAGUUGGUGAACGAGAAGGACAAGCUGCUGACAGAGAGGAACCAGCUGAAGGAGUGUAUGGGUGAGCUGUGGGAGAACUUCUCCUGUCUGUCCCAAGAAGUGUGCAGGGACGUGCAACUGAGCCCUGAGCAGGUCCAGUCCCUGAACCACUACUGCCCGGUCCUGAAGCCCGGCACCAACACCAUCGACAUUGCCGGCAAUGCUGCCUCCAACAGCAUUGACCUCACCACCCACUCCGGCUCAGCCACCCCGGAGCCCAGCUUCCUCAAGUCCCCCGGGCCCUCAGAGAGCGAGCCUGACUCGGUCAUGGGGAAUGGGGCUGACGGGGGGGCGGGCAGCAACGAGUCGGAAGGCCAGGAGCCGAGGUUAUACAUGGAGGCGGGGCUCUCGUUCAAUGAACAGUCCAAUCAGACAGUGACGGUAGACUUCUGCCAGGAAAUGACUGAUAAAUGUACAACUGAUGAACAGCCAAGAAAGGACUGUACUUAGUAAACGGUGGUUUUAAUAUCUGUGUUUUUAUUAUUUAAUUUUUAGUUUUGAUUUUCUUCUGACAAACCCCUUUCUCGGGGUUGUUGAGAUGGUCAGUCUUGGCCAGUGUUCUUUGAAAAUAUUUGUUGUUUGUAUGUCUUUUUAAAGGUUGACACUACAGUUGUCUUAAGAGCAGCAAUACUGUUCUCCAGGUAUUCUCCUCUCUGUAACCAUGACAGAGUGGGAACUUCUCAAACAAAACUCCUCUUACAAUGGUGCUACACCGUGUCCGGGCAGGCAGCGAUCUCCACAGUGUUCUUUAUCCAUGUAUUACAGUCUACUCACAGGGAUGGGCAAGGUUCACAUCUUCAAUUCAAACCUCAAUGGACCUAACAGCAGCUCCCUCUGUCUCUCGAUCAACUUACAGUUUCUAUCUCCCUGUCUCUCCUCUCUCUAUUUCUCUCGCUCUCCCUUUCUCUCUCUCUCUCUCUCUCUCUCUCUCUCUCUCUCUCUCUCUCUCUCUCUCUCUCUCUCUGUCUCUCUGUCUCUCUGUCUCUCUCUCUCUCUCUCUCUCUCUCUCUCUCUCUCUCUCUCUCUCUGUCUCUCUGUCUCUCUCUCUCCCAAUCGCUCUUCUACUCUGUCUAUUUCCUAUCAAUCUAUUUCUACCUCUUGAAACACUUUCGCUCUCUGUAUAUCCUCUCUCUCUCGCUUAUUCUCUCACUCUCUCUCGGUGGCCCUUGUCACAGCAAUUCAAACUCAGGAAGAAAUCUUCUGAAUGUUCGAUAUGAUUCAUGAAAAUAAGAAUACAGCUUCUGUACAUGAGAGAUUUAUGAAGGAGUUAGACUGUAAAUGUUCAUAUGCAAAAAAAUGUCUUCUGCUUCACUCAUUUAGCAUUUUCUGUACAGCAAAACAAUGUGUACAGACAGUACCUAAACAUUCCUCCUUUGCCUUCCGCAGCACUGAAACGAAAGAGACAAAAUAACGAUUUGACAGGUGGUUAAAUAGCUAUGUUCUCACCAGGGUUGGGGUCAAUUCCAUUUCAAUUCCAGUCAGGACGUACACUGAAUUCCAACUCUCUUGAAGGCUUUUCAAUGAGGAAAAUGUGAAAUUGGAAUUGCAAUUUGGUUUGCUUUCUGAAUGAACUGGAAUGGAAAAGGAAUUGACCCCAAUCCUGGUUCCCACACAUCAGCAAUACCAUUGUAUUUGGAUGUUGUAAUGGUAACUUUCAAGUGCUUGCUUGGGCAGAGCGUAUAAUGUAUAUAGUAUGGAGCAUGGUGACUGUCACAGUAAUAUUAUACAAGUAGAGGCUUAGACGUUUCUUUUCACUGGGGUUUUUGCUAAGGGGAAAUAUUUGCUUUGCUGUUUCCUGCCUAAGGGAAAAUUCCCCAUAAGGGUGGGUGUUCUUAAACUCAGGAAAUCAGCUUGACACGCACACAAAACACACACACACACACAUGUACAUUAAUUUCAGAGCCCCUUGCAUGAAAAUUGGAUGUUGCUGGCACGGACCGUGUAAGUAUGUUAUUAACCAGUGGCUCAAGCCACAUCCAUUCAAAAUUUGACACCACUUUAAAUGUGAAAACGAGUUUCAGCUUGUUGUGUUUUUGAGGAAACUUUAUUUCUCCUUAUCAGUGUUUGAAGAUGCUAUAUGUACGAUGGGGAAAACUCUCACAGGCACCCUUUGGAUUUCUUCGGUGUUGUGUUUCAAUGUUGCCAAGGAAUGUGUGAGUAGACGUCUUCUCAAGCUGAGGGAUAGCUACUCUGUCUGCAACAACAACAAAAACAGACACAAAGUAUUUCUAUUUACCAAGGAUACUUUCUCCUAAUGAAUCUGGGCUCAAUUCAGGCUCUUUCCUUCCAGCACCGGAUGCUCAGUUAUAACUAGUUCUAAUAGCACUUCGUAGAGGGCUUAUGUCUGAUUCAGAAUCCUGAAAAGUCUGAUACCGAAACACUUGAAUUGGCACUUAAAUGAAAACAUCUUAUUGAAUGUUAAUAUUGAUAUAAAUAUCUCUAUGAAGACAUAACUUUUUUUAACUACAGUAAACAGGGUUAUUAACAAAAAAAGGAAGCUAACAUAAUAUUGAGAGUGUUCACAUCUUAUAUUUGUAAUUCUUUAAGAAUUGAAUAAGCUAAUUGAGACUUCAGUUCACGUGAAAGCACUGUGUGUGUCAUCAUCAAACUGAUUGAGUAACAAUCAUAUGAUAUAGUUACAUUUUUGCCCUGGUUGUACAUUUGUUGAAAACAUCAUAUUCUGUGAUGUGAAUGCAUGCCCCUGUAUAUUUUACUUAGUUAGUUUGUCUAGCUUACGUUUGCUUCUAACAAUAGUCCUCAGCUAAAUGAUUUACUCUUGUCUUUUGUUGAUGAACCAUAUUUACAUUUAUAAUGUAAAUAUACAGAAAUACUUUUCUUAUCUGUUCAACAGUCAGAGAUGUGCUUGAACAUACAGAAUAUAAGAAAAUAGAGCCAUAACCUAGGAAGAGGAGUGAAUUCAAUUGGAAUAUAAAGCUUUGCUCAUAACUUGAACUUCAUUCAGGACGAAAAGCUAUACAGUUUGUCAGGAAAGAGCGAUAAAUACAACUGUAAAUAUUGAGGAGUCUGCAAAUUCCCCUUGGCGUUACUCUGCUUCCCCCUGUUGGGCACAGUUAUGUAGUUCUCCAACCAGUCCUGACUGAGAACAAACCGUGUGGUAUGAAGAGUGCUCUGUGUUUUGCGGUGUGGUUGCUAGUCUGAUUAUUUGACCAUACACAUAGGUUUCCCUAAGGUUGUAGCUAGACUCAUAUACAGUCUCACACAGAGAACCACAAGCAUACGCACAAAUAUGAAUACAUACACACACACACACACCAUGCAUGUCGUAAUGGCAUCCUUGCUCGAAGGCUUCAGUCUAGUGCAGUUGUGACUGAUUGCCUGUUGAAAUGGUUGUUUGCGAGGUUCUUUUUCCACUUUGCUCUGAUUCAUAAGCCGUCACUGAAGUGGAACGGUAUUCAUCCCCAUUACUAGAUACAAAACAGAAAACUAAAGAUGGGUGGAUUCAAGUGGACAUUUGUGCAAACCAUAUGCAAUUCCCACUUUUUCGUACUCGUUUUUUUAAAGUAAAAAGUGAAAAGCAUGACGUUCCACCAGAAAAGCACACUCAUUAGGCUACACUUUGACAAAUGUCAUAUUGUGGGAAAAUGUAUUGAAAUGCAUCAGGUUUCUAUUGUCCUCCAUCAAAGCUAGACCAAUAGAUAUCCUUCUAUCUGUUUGUAGAUGUCCUUAUAAUGCUAUUAUGAUUACUGUUGAUGUUCUUUGGAUAGCAAUGAGUGCAUAGCAUAUUUCUGGUGUGUAGGCUACUGUGCGUAACAUUUCUAAUUCCUCAUCAUUGUUUUUUGCUCUACCAAAAGAGCCCCCUGGAUUCAUGUAAAGGCUGGUUGGGUGGAUGCAGAUACAUGAAGAGUUUUUAAAGCAGCACCAUCCCUCCAGUCAUUUGACAGUCCAGUCCAUACCUCUUAGCCCUCUAGCCUUGAGAGAGCUGCUCCAUGCCUGAUAUGCCAUGUGUGGUGUUACUAUGGUGGCCAGUGGUUGAAAGUAGAGCAUGGCCACCUCAACCAUCAACCCCCCCCCAAGCAUUCCAGGUGAAAUAAGCUUGUUGUGUCAUCAUCUCAGUCGUCUGGUUUAACUUUAACCAGGAUCAGUCAUUGCUCUUGUAUAUCGUCUCAGGGUGCCAAGUGUUUUAUUUCUCAAUUUCUGAAUUUGGAGCAGACGUUUGUAACUUUUAGCUGAUUUUUAUGUUUGCUUUGAUGUUUUUGGCUUUGCUUUGGGUGUGUGAAAGUAUAGCUUUAAAACUCUGGUUUUAUAUUCCCGAAGCUUAUUUCUACCAAUGCAAAUACUGUGUAAUGAGCUUGGCCCGAUACAGAUCAACCCCAUCAAGAGGCUGCAGAGAGUACACAAUACAUUGGAGUACAAAUAGGAAUUAUGUUUUGGUAAUACAUUUCAUUAUUAGUUGGAUUUCUCUCGAGUUCUUUACCUCUGCAGUUUUUUACAAGCCAAACACACAACAACAACAACACAAAUCCAUGUCAUUUGAUUUGUUAACUGGCUUUGGUUAUUAGUUGGUGGAUAUUUUCUUGUUUAGUUGAACUUUUAUUUGUUUGAGUUUUUCUGUGCUGCUUCUCUGGAAGAAAAAAACACUGUCUCUCCAACUCCAAAGGUUGUUGUUUUGAAAAGACGAACAAAACUUGCCUUUUUCACAAAUUGCUCAACUUUAUAAUACAGUAUACUGGUAUCCUGAUUACAUGCACAGGCUGAGACCAUUUUAGGAGUAAAAGAAAAGUUAAAUAUGUUUACAAAAAAGUUGUGUUUAUUCAAUUUGCCAUGUAUAUAGAAAUUGGUAGGUUCAAAUUGGACUGAUGGUUAGUGUUUUUACAUUUUGUAAACAGAAAACUGUGUUUCCUCAACUUGUCUUUUCAUUCAACUGGGGAUGUUUCAGAGUUACACGGAUGCAAGUGCACCUCCGAUUUUUGCCUUAGAACUUGCAGAGGCCAUAGUUCACAUUCAAGUGAAGUGAGUGUAUGCAGGGGCCUACGCCCCCCAUCCCUGAGUCACACCCAGUGCAGACGUUCUCACACUUAUCUACCUGUGAAAUCCUUCAUACCUCUCAUAAUUGGUCAAUGACUGUAUCAGCAAACUGCAUCAGGUGGGUUUUUUUACAUGCUUUUUACACAGAUUAUAUGGAUUAUUGUAUUAGUAGAUUUUGGUGCAUCAUUUUCUUUAAAUGUAAUAACUCUUAAGCUUGUAGUCACAAAGUUGUUUUUCUCUCACGUUUUUCUAGAAGACUGUUUUGUGUUAAUAUUGUCAAUUUGAAAUAACUGUUAUUUGCUUAUUCUCUACUUACCUUGUUCAUUUUUAAAUGCUACACAACCCUAAUGAAUUCAAAUGACUUAACAACCAUUGUAAAUACAGUGUUGCAGAAACUCCCUUUUCAUUCAUUUCAAUUGCUAGUGUUAUAUAAAUGACAUUUUUGUCUCGACACCAUUUCUGUUUAUGAAAUAAAGAAUCAUAUCAUGU